AUGAAAAUAAAUAAAUCCAGCAUCCCACGUCCUCAUGCAGCAGUAAAUGAAAUCUACAUCACUCGUAAAAGACCUAUUCAAGCUUAUAUCAAAAGAGCGGAAAAGCUAAUGGAACAAGAAAUUAAAGAACUGAUAAUUCAUGGCAGUGGAAUGGCAAUACCAAGAGCAUUAGAUGUGGCUAAUAAUUUAAGAAGAUUUUACAAUUCUUUUGAAAUUCAGACUUCAUCUGUAGCAGUUGUCGAUGAGCUUGAUCAUUCUGAAAAUUGUGAAGAUGAUUCAAGGCUAAGGCUAAUCCCAGCAGUACACAUAAGAUUGUCUGAUCUUAAAUAA